GCAGCGCCGGCAGGGGUGACUAUGGGGUGACUUUUUCAGGCCCUCUUCCUGCCCUCCUCAGAGCAUCAUCCAAGCCUGUGCCCAUUUGCUGGAGGUUCCAGUAAAGUCCCUGGAGAUUUCUCUCAGAUUGACUUCUAAAAACUAACGUGACCAUGGGAGAUAUGAAGACUCCAGACUUUGAUGACCUGCUUGCAGCAUUUGACAUACCAGAUAUGGUUGACCCAAAAGCUGCUAUUGAGUCUGGACAUGAUGACCAUGAAAGCCACAUAAAGCAGAACGUACAUCCUGAUGAUGAUUCCCAUGCACCAUCAUCAUCUGACGUUGGUGUAAGUGUCAUUGUGAAAAAUGUGCGGACAAUUGAUUCCUCUGAAGGAGUGGAGAAAGACAGCCACCAUUCCACAGGCAAUGGGUUACACAAUGGUUUUUUAACAGUAUCAGCUCUAGAAGGUUAUAAUAAAGAGGAAGGAAAAUCACUCAAAGAUGAGGGUUCAGUCUCAGAAAAUACGCUGAAAGAGUCUGCCUUUAACCAAUUUAGUCCUAUCUCAAGUGCUGAAGAGUUUGACGAUGAUGAAAAAAUUGAGGUUGAUGACCCUCCGGAUAAAGAAGACAUACGUGGAAACUUCAGAACAAAUGUAUUAACAAGGUCUGUAUCCCAGCAGGACUAUGAGAAGUUAAAAGUACUUGGAGGAGAAAACUUGAUUAAACACGGAGUUGCAGGUUCAAGUAAUUCUGAUAAAACCAAGGUUGCUAAAAGAGACUCAGAAACAAAUGCAUCACCUUUAGGUCUCUAUGAACCCUUUAAAGCUAGAAAGAUAGAUGAUAAGCUGCUUAAAGAAAAUUCUGAAAAACUACUUGAAAACAGAGCAGUUGAUGGGAAAAUAAAUACAGAGAAAGGAGAAGCAAACCUUAUCAGUCAUUCACAGGCUAAAGCAAAAUCAUCAGCAAAACUCUCUUCCUGUAUUGCUGCAAUUGCAGCUCUUAGUGCUAAGAAAGCAGCAACAGACACUGGUAAAGACCCACAGUCCAAUUCAAGAGAGCCUUCUCCCUUGCAGAAAGAUACCAAUGAAAGUCCCCGCGUCAUUGACAAAUCACCUGAAUCUCAAAGUCUUAUUGACUGUGCAAAAAAACCCUCUGUCAAACAGCCUGAUAGUCCCAGGAGUAUAUCGAGUGAGAACAGCAGCAAAGGUUCUCCACCAUCUCCUGCAGGCUCAACACCAGCAAUUCCAAAAGUGCGUAUCAAAACCAUCAAGACGUCGUCAGGGGAAAUCAAGAGAACGGUUACACGUGUGUUGCCUGAAGUUGAUUUGGACAGUGGUAGGAAACCAGAGCAAGCAGCUUCCAUGGUGGCUUCUGUGACAUCAUUGCUUUCUUCCCCAACUUCUGCUGCAGUUCUUUCCUCUCCCCCUAGAGCACCUCUACAAUCAACAGUGGUCACCAAUGCUGUUGCUUCUGCAGAACUCACUCCCAAACAAGUCACUAUUAAGCCUGUUGCAACUGCUUUUCUUCCUGUAUCGGCUGUGAAGACAGCAGGAUCACAGGUUAUCAAUUUGAAACUUGCAAACAACACUACGGUGAAAGCCACCGUCAUAUCUGCUGCUUCGGUGCAAAGUGCCAGCAGUGCCAUCAUCAAAGCCGCCAAUGCUAUACAGCAGCAAACAGUUGUGGUGCCUGCCUCAAGCCUUGCCAGUGCAAAACUUGUGCCAAAGACAGUCCAUCUUGCCAACCUUAAUCUACUGCCUCAAAGUGCUCAGACCACCUCUGAACUCCGCCAAGUGCUCACUAAACCUCAGCAACAGAUCAAGCAGGCAAUAAUUUCUGCAGCAGCUUCUCAGCCUUCGAAAAAAGUAUCUCGGGUUCAGGUGGUGUCAUCUUUACAGAGCUCUGUCGUCGAAGCUUUCAACAAGGUGCUCAGCAGUGUUAACCCCGUCCCAGUUUACAUCCCAAAUCUCAGUCCUCCUGUAAGUGCAGGCAUCACUUUACCCACACGUGGUUAUAAAUGUUUGGAAUGUGGUGACUCAUUCGCCCUUGAAAAAAGUCUGACACAACACUACGAUAGGAGGAGUGUGCGGAUCGAGGUCACUUGUAACCACUGCACAAAAAACCUUGUUUUCUAUAACAAAUGCAGCCUUCUUUCUCAUGCUCGUGGUCAUAAAGAGAAAGGGGUGGUAAUGCAGUGUUCUCAUUUGAUUUUGAAACCAGUUCCAGCAGAUCAGAUGAUAGCUUCUCCCACAAGCAAUAGUUCUGUUACGUCAUCCAUUCUUCAGAAUCCCACUGGAGUGGGCACCCAUACAAUAACAAAGAUACAGUCUGGCAUAACUGGGACAGUCAUAUCAGCUCCUGCAAGUACUCCUGUUCCACCAGCCAUGCCUCUAGAUGAAGACUCUUCGAAACUGUGCAGGCACAGCCUGAAGUGUUUGGAAUGUAAUGAAGUUUUCCAGGAUGAAACAUCUCUAGCCACACACUUCCAGCAGGCUGCAGACUCAAGUGGACAAAAGACCUGCGGUAUCUGCCAGAUGUUGCUUCCAAAUUUGUGCAGUUUUGCAUCACAUCAGAGGAUUCAUCAGCAUAAAUCUCCAUAUACAUGUCCUGAAUGUGGGGCCAUUUGCAGAUCAGUCCACUUCCAAACUCAUGUCACAAAGAACUGCCUGCAUUACACAAGAAGAGUUGGAUUCCGCUGUGUUCACUGCAACGUGGUAUAUUCCGACGUGGCUGCACUCAAGUCCCAUAUCCAAGGUUCUCAUUGUGAAGUCUUCUACAAGUGUCCUAUUUGCCCAAUGGCGUUCAAAUCGGCACCCAGCACACAUUCCCACGCCUAUACACAACAUCCUGGAAUCAAAAUAGGGGAGCCUAAAAUAAUAUACAAAUGUUCCAUGUGCGACACAGUGUUUACCCUGCAGCCAUUGCUGUAUCGUCACUUUGACCAGCACAUUGAAAACCAGAAAGUCUCUGUCUUCAAGUGUCCAGAUUGCUCACUUUUGUAUGCACAGAAGCAACUCAUGAUGGAUCAUAUCAAGUCUAUGCAUGGGACGUUGAAAAGUGUGGAAGGACCACCAAACCUAGGUAUUAAUUUGCCAUUAAGUACAAAGCCUACUAUCCAGAACUCAGUCAGUCACAAUAAAGAGGACUCGAAAUCCAUCAAUGGGACCGAAAAGGCAGAGAAGAAUUCCCCCUCCUCUGUGAAGAAAGCAGAGCCCAAAAAAGUAUCUAAUCCUGGCUGGACGUGCUGGGAAUGUGAUCGGCUGUUUACUCAGAGAGAUGUUUACAUAUCCCACAUGAGGAAAGAGCAUGGAAAACAAAUGAAGAAACAUCCUUGUCGACAAUGCGACAAAUCAUUCAGUUCAUCACACAGUCUUUGCCGUCACAAUCGUAUCAAGCACAAAGGAAUCAGGAAAGUUUACACCUGCUCGCACUGCCCAGAUUCCAGAAGAACUUUUACUAAGCGAUUAAUGCUAGAAAAACAUAUUCAGCUGAUGCACGGCAUUAAAGAACCUGAUGUGAAAGAAAUGGCAGAAUCAACCAACAUGGGAGAAAGUACAGUCAAGGAAGACACAAAGGUUCCCAGUCCAAAGCGUAAAUUAGAGGAGCCAGUCCUGGAAUUCAGGCCCCCUCGAGGGGCCAUCACUCAGCCGCUGAAGAAGUUGAAAAUCAAUGUUUUUAAAGUUCACAAAUGCGCCGUCUGUGGCUUCACAACAGAGAACCUGCUUCAGUUCCACGAACAUAUUCCCCAGCACAAAUCUGAUGGUUCCUCCUAUCAAUGCAGGGAAUGUGGUCUUUGUUAUACAUCCCAUGUCUCUUUGUCUAGGCAUCUCUUCAUUGUACAUAAGCUGAAGGAACCUCAACCUGUUUCAAAACAGAAUGGCUCUGGAGAAGACAGUCAGCAGGAGAACAAGCCCAGUCAUGAGGAGGAAUCAACUGAUCGAUCCACAUCCGACAGGAAAUGCAAAGUGUGUGCAAAGACCUUUGAAACUGAAGCUGCCUUAAACACCCACAUGAGGACACAUGGGAUGGCCUUUAUUAAAUCCAAGCGGAUGAGUUCAGCUGAAAAAUGACCUGCUCCUUUCUUUCAUCCCAUAACAUCUUCCAAAAGGAAAAAAGAAAAAAAGAAUCAGCCUUCCUACUUCAGAAUGGGUUGAAUUUCUUUGGGGGGGGUAUAAAAGAUUUACCACACCGUAGAUUUAACAAUUCUGUCCCAGGUUGUUGCAACAGAUUCUGCUCUAUUCUAUAUUCCAAUUUAUCUUCCUCGCCUCAUAUCACUAUAGAGGUAUAUAGAUAUUCAUUCAUUCAUUCCCCUGAAAGACAGUAUUAAAAUGCAGUAUUUGAGUCUAAAAGAAUUUGUAUAUAUUUAAACAAAGAAAUUUUAUAGUCUUUGUUACAUGUUUGUAUUUAGUGGGAAUUUUUUCUUUUUUGUCUGUCUUUCUUGCUUAUGUCUUUUCUAACAGCUGGUUUGUUUCAAAGCAGAAUUCUUAAAAGUUGGAGCAAUACUUUAGAUUUAUUAAGCUGCAUCAGAUGUGAUCCUUUUCUGAGAUUACGUGAGCAGCAUGGGAAAAAUUCCCUUGUGUUUCUUUCUCAUACUCCCUUGGAAGAAGAACCCCAGUGAAACAGUUCCUUCCCCACCAACAUCACCCCUCCAGGAAACUAGGGUCAUGUUGACACAGGAAAAGAUGAACCCUGGGUACAUUCACAUGUCCUUGGACUCCACUUAACCAGAAAUGUCUGAUAUUGCCAAGAUUGUGCUGGAAAGGAGCUCAUGUAUUUCUGAAUUAAAAGUCAGAAGAAUUGUAUCUGAGCAGUAUUGGAAGAGAAGGGUUUUUAAAAGUCAAAUGAAAUAUCUACUUUUGUUGCGACUGAAUGAUCAGUUGCAGUUGGACCCCCAAAUGAUUAGCCCGUUUCCUAAUUCUUAUGACUGGGAGGAUUAAGGGUCAUUUUAAUACAACCUCUUGCUUAAAUAUUUCAGGUGUUUUUAGAAGAUCUAUUCAAUUUGAGGAUUUCUCUAUAUAGAGAGAAAAUUCUGGAAAUUCAGCCCAUGAGGGCUAAUCUUUGCAAGAGCUCCAGUGGAAUGAAAAGGGAUUAAAUCAAAGCAGUGUCUUUUUCAGUGGUGCUGGCAGAGAAGAAAAAUUGUUAUUGCCAUGUGUUAUUUCAAUCAUUGUCUUUCUUCGCAGUCCUCUACUGUGCUCUGAGAAACGUCACUGAAUGUUGCAUAACCUUUUAAAGGCCACUUGAAGAUGUGUUUCAGUAUUUUGAAUUUUUCUUUUUCUGCUAUAUAAGAUGCAGAAUAAGCUUAACUAUUUUAGAUUUGUGGUACUUACAGUCAAUCCAGUUACAGUUAUGGAGGGAUGAAAGAAGGUCAUGUGUCAAGUCAGUCUGCUUCAGCAGCAGUUUUUAUAGGAUGCCAAGCAUUCUUUUAAUCAUAGAUACCACAGAUUUAAAUUGGGGAUCUUCUGCAUGCAAUGCCACUGAUCUAUGGACCCUCUCAUACAAAUUUAAUUCAAGUGUUUACUGAAAAGCACAUUCAUAAUUGGGCAUCGUAAUGAUGGAAAAUCUCUCCUGCAAGGAUGGUAGCUGCCCUUGGGCCCUCAUUGGCCCCUCAGACCCUCUGAAGGAUUGGAGAGUCCUGCUGGCCAUGGAUGGGAAACAGGAAGGAUUUAAUGAGUAGUGCUAUAUACGUUUGUGUGAGUUACAGAAAUACUAACAAUUGCAAGAUCAUGCAUUACUUAAAACGUCUUGUUAUUUUAAAGCAAGUUUCUUUCUCUCAUGAGAAGCGCUGAAUGUUAAGACCGUAGAACCCAGAGGACCAUGGGCAUGAGCAAGAUUUUCAGGUUUCAUAGAAUUCAGAACAUAGAAUUGUCAUCUGGGCUUUUCUUCACGGCAGAUCUUUGGCAAAUUUAUCCUGUAAAGGGCUUGUAAGAUGAAUCCAUGUUUGUUCUUCUGGUGCUUCAUUUUAGUCUAGUCAAAGGCCAAGUAAUCUCUUUAAAGCCGGGGUUCCUAAACGUUUUGCCAUCACACCUCCCUUUAGUGUAAUCUUAAUGUACAUACCUCCCCUAAAAGUCCAAACAUCUGAAUGAACACAAAUGAACAAUGAAAGCAAUACAGUGAAACUUCGGGAAAGGUGGAUUUAUUGCAACAAUGUACAGCUAAAAGGUUCUUCACACUCCCCUGGCCUCUGUCUGCACUGCCCAAAGGAGGUACAUCUCACUGUUUGGGAAACCCUGCCUUAAAGUAUUGGCUUGGGCGGGGCGGGGGACAUCAGUGAUGAUGUCUUACAAAACAGUUGGCUAGACUAUUUCCUAGUAUUUCUGAACUCUGCAAUUUUGUGAACCUUUUGUGUGCUUUUGGGAUUUUUUUGUUGUAUUAUUUUGGUUUGAAUCGGCCCUUUUGCCCACUUAAGAAUGUGUAUAGAUAAUUCCAGGCUACCCAGAAUGUUUGAUCCUCACAUGUCCCUGCCUUGCUUCUGAUCCCUUGGUGGCAUUCAAGUUACUGCCACCAACCUUUGAAUUUGGAGUUAUUCCGGGUAGUUGCUUCCAUGGGGGUUAACCUUUUGGAUAAAACUAACCCGGUCUGAAAACGUCUUCCAGUUUCCGGAACGUGUCAUCCCUUGCAUCUCUUUUUCUGCUUUAUUCUUAGGCUGUUCUAUCAUUCCUUUUGGUGGUGGUUUUGAGCUUGCAUUAAUAUUGCAAGGUGACAGAAGUUGUCAUGAUGUUUUUUCUCCAGUCGUCUGUUUCCCUGACUUCCCACUGGAGGAAUUUCCUCCAGAUGUCUCCCCUUGGCAUUUAUUGGAAGUGUGGGAAGUAAGGGAAGCUGCAGACACCUGUAAGAACAGUUGCAGAAGAUGGCAGGGAAUCUCACCCAAGUGCUUUGACCCGGAUGACUACAAGGAUCCCACUUUCCACCUACUUUCAAAAGCAGUUUGUUUUCCAUCAAAAUGGAUGAAAACAGUGGAAAAAAUUGCCGCAGAAAUUUUCAGCCUGGCACUAAUUAAAAAGAAGGUGAUCCAAGAGCUGCACUGGCUCUUUUGGUCUCUCAGUCGAGUCUCCCAUUAUAUAUGAACAAGGUAGAGAUUUAUGCAAGUUUAAGGAAUUGCUGAAAUCUGAAAGAUGUGUGAUUGCCAAGGUGAUGGAUGAAAAGUUUGCUAUUUCAGAAAAAUGACUUUUUUCAGGAUAUACGUUAAAUCAAUGUUAGUCUUAGGACUGUGAGGUGCAGGCAUCCUAUUGCAUCACAGAAAGAGAUGGUAAGAACCAUCAAGCACUUGAAAUGUAAAAGGUGUUAUAUAAAUAAUAAUCAAUAAAUAAUUCUAGCCAUCUGGUGGCUUCUGAAUUUGGAAAGAUGAUAUAAAUUCUAAAAAAAAAAAACAUUCCAGUGUACAGGUUAUACAUAUACAUCAUAUAGGUUAAGAUUCUAGGUAAUAUUAGGAGUUAUAAAGUGCUUUAGAUUAUUCCAAGUGCUUCACAUAUAUUAUCUUGACAUUUCUUGCAUUCCUGUUAGAUAGAGAUAAGUGUUGUUAUUCCUAUUAUCUCACUGAGGUGAGAGAGCAUUGAGUCAUAGCCAGCAACUUGUCUAAGGACACAUGAAUUCAGAGCCAAGGUUAGAUUUGUAUCUGGGGUUUCUCAGCUCUGCCACCAUUACAGCACAUCAGCUCCUUUACCACUUUGUGCUCCAGAUCUCACGGGGCAUGUAGUGCUAGCCUAAUCCUUCCAAAAAAGUGUAACCUGCAUUUUAGACAGUUCCCAUGCAGGAAUUCAGUUGCUAAAUAUGGUACAUUAUGUGGUGGACUACAGUAUUUAGACCAAUUGAGGUCACUCUUCUAGAUGGGUGUUUCUAAUUCUGCUGGUUAUGAGUCUGUACGAACAGCCUACAGAUAAAAGGUGAAAGUAGCUGAAGCAAAGAUCUGAAGCCCUGUUUCUCACACUAAAGCCUUUUCUUCUUCUGUUUGCAUAUUUGACAAUGGUAGACAUUGGUCUCCCACAGAGAUUUAAGAGACAUCUUGUAGAUGUUAUUCUGCUGCCACAGAAGUCAGUUCUGAACCAGGUCCACUCAACCAGAGACUACCGCAAAACAUUAAAAGGAGAACAAGUGGUGAGUCUGGCCAGGAUGUUCUCAGAGAUCAAAUAUUCAGACAAGGUUUUGUUGAGGGAAGAGAUCCCCAUGGUUUCUUCAGUACUGGAGAACGUUUCUCUGAGAAAUCCCAUUCAGCUGUCUCUGAACUGAGAGGGAAAUUGUAUUUAAGGUGCUCGUAGGUGUGUACGUGUCAGUAUUACCAUUUACACCAAAGCUGUUGAAAGAUUGUGAAGGUUUGGAACAGACGUCCUUGUUGCACAAGGACCGAGGGAGCAGAUCAUCACUUUUGCAUUGUGUAGCUGUUUACCCAUAUUCUUCUGGCACAAACGUAUUGAUUUAGAACCAUAUGGUUCUUAUUUCCUCAAAACCUUCUCUACUCUCUUCUGGUGCUUUUUUUGGCGGGGAGGGGAGGAAACAACACUUCAGGUUCCACCCGUUAUUGCUGGAAAAGAAUUCCAGGAUGGAAAAGGUACUGUCUGCUGUCCCUUACACACUCGAAGGUUCUCAAAAGGCCUUCGUUUUGUUCUGUUUUUGCUUUUGCCCCACAUCUGUAUUCCCUCUACCAAUUUUGUACUUUUUUAAAAAUCAAAAACAUUCUGUGUAUGUAUGUAAUGUAUGUAAAUAUGUAUAGCUAAGAGAGAAAGAUGCUUGCAUGACUUUGACAUAGUAAAUGUUCUGUUUUUAAAAAUCAAGGGAAGGUGUUGCUACUCUUGAACAUUACCCAUUUUGUCCAUAGUUAUUGUAUUAAAACACAUUUCAUAUGUAAAUAAAUGUGGGGCUUCUUUUCUUUUCUUUUCUUUUUUUUUGCUUUGCCCCGAAAGAAUUAUGAAAAACUGUUAUUUAUUGAUGAACUGUUUGACAACUUUAAGCACGCAGGAGCAGAGAACUUCCUCUAAGAUGAAUUGUCUCCAACCUGUGAUUCUCUUUAUGGAUCCAUGCUGGUUGGGGACCGGGGAAGACACUUCUAGAUAUCUGGUAGAGACAACUUCCAGCGUUUGACUUCAAUUGCUCUUGAUUUCUUUGAUAACCAUUAAAUGCUCAUUAUACUUUCCCUCCUUUUUGUACUCACCAAGGGUUGGGUGGAUCUGAAGAGCUUCUGGAUUCUCAAAGCUGCAGUAAAGAAUGCAGACUCCUGUUACUCUUCUGUCAGUGAUGUAUACAAGCUUAUCACUGCCUUUUUUAAGGAAAAAAAAGAACCCUGUGUACCUCUUAAAGCCUCAUGCUUGUUGAUGUGCACUUUUCAAGAUAACAAAUGGGUUGUCACUAUGCGGUAAUGAUGGUUUUUUUGUACAGUGCGAAUGAAUAAUAAAGUUACCUUUUUAUUA